AUAAUCCAGUACUCCCAGGACUCCGUAACACUGGUUGAACCUAGAAACCAAACAGAGAAUAAACAUCACUGGAAGUUACUGAGGUUACCUUGCCCUUCCGAUCUUCUUUCAGAGCCCUGAUAAGCCAUCCAUGCGAUUGCUGCUGCCGUACCAGUUUCCCUCGCAGCCCUAAUGAAACCUGGGUGAAACCCAUGGAGCUUCCCUCCUGGUACUUCGUUAUCCAGGAGAAGCAAAUUGCGUUCGAAGAAGUACGGCAGAUGGGGACAAUUCUUCCAUGAUUUUGUGGAUAUACAAGACUCAGCUUGAUUCUCCUUGAAUCCUAUCUGGUUGGAAGAGAAAAGCAUAACUGGUUCUUCUCCCCUCUCCUAACCUAAGAGACUCCAGGAAGUGUUUAGCCAGCAGAAGAGGCACAGUGACAAUUACUUACAGGAUCAUUCUUGCCCAGCUGAAUGCGAUACCGAGUAAUGAAAGUUGGCUUUCCUGUUACAUCAGCCACCAUAAGGAUUCCAUUGAAGCACCAGAAAGCAAGGCUAGGAACCAUCGCAGCCCCUGUGAUACGAGGAAAGGUCAGAGAAAUACUUCUCCUCAAGUCCUUUGUUCUAACAAUCUUACCAAGAAGCAGAGUUCAUGAAGGCAGUGAAUAUGAGCAGGCCUGUACCAAGGACCAUGGCAGAGGUCUUCACGGCAUCCCGGAGCUUCUCUUCCUGUGAGCAAGCAACAAGAAUGCGGCCCUAAUCUACUACUUACCUAAUAUACAGCGUCCUAUUAUGAACGCAGCUCUGAGAAUCAUGGAAUCAUUAAGGUUGGAAAAGACCUCCAAGAUCAUCUAGUCCAACUGAAGAAGUGAGGGUGUUACUUGACCACAGCACGCUGAUCGGAUCGCACAGCUUGCAGCUCUGCCCUGCCGUCUGAAUUCAUCGGCUGUCUUUGCCCUGGUCGCUGCAAGAUGCCAGCAGCCCUUGCAGAGAACAGCCAGGUUAUCUGCGAAGUAUGGGCAAACAAUCUGGAAGAGGAGAUGAGGAAAAUUCGAGAGAUUGUGCUAAGUUACAGCUACAUCGCGAUGGACACAGAGUUUCCGGGGGUUGUUGUAAGGCCGAUUGGUGAAUUCCGCAGCUCCAUCGACUAUCAGUAUCAGCUGCUUCGGUGCAAUGUUGACCUUCUGAAAAUUAUCCAGCUGGGCCUGACUUUCACAAAUGAGAAAGGGGAAUAUCCUUCUGGGAUCAACACCUGGCAGUUUAACUUCAAGUUCAACCUUACGGAAGAUAUGUACUCUCAGGAUUCCAUAGACCUCCUCGCAAGCUCUGGGCUGCAGUUCCAGAAGCACGAAGAAGAAGGGAUCGAUACCCUGCAUUUUGCUGAGUUGCUCAUGACUUCAGGGGUCGUCCUUAGUGACAGUGUGAAAUGGCUGUCGUUUCACAGUGGUUAUGACUUUGGCUACAUGGUGAAGCUGUUGACAGAUUCCAGGUUGCCAGAAGAGGAACACGAGUUUUUCCAUAUCUUGAACCUUUUCUUUCCAUCUAUCUACGAUGUGAAGUACCUAAUGAAGAGCUGCAAAAACCUCAAGGGUGGCCUUCAAGAGGUGGCAGAUCAGCUGGAUUUGCAGCGAAUUGGAAGACAGCACCAGGCAGGAUCAGAUUCUCUUCUCACAGGAAUGGCAUUCUUCAGAAUGAAAGAGUUGUUUUUUGAGGAUACGAUCGAUGAUGCAAAGUAUUGUGGGCGGUUGUAUGGCCUUGGCACCGGAGUGGCUCAGAAACAAAAUGAAGAUGUGGACUCAGCCCAAGAAAAAAUGAGUAUUUUGGCUAUUAUCAACAACAUGCAGCCAUGACAAGUGGGUACCCCUCAGCAGAACAUGGUUACUGUAUUGGCAGCUGCUGUCCUCAACUAUUUUCCCUAAGAGUGUUUCAAAAGGCAUCUAAAGUACACGGUCUGCAGAAGGCCUUCAGUUUUGCUGAAUGAAGAGCUGCAUCUUCAUUUGAAACCCAGGAGAGAGUUGACUGAAUUCCUAAUGCCAGCAUUUGUGAUUUGCCAUCUUUUUAAUACGAAGGGCAAAAGACAGAAACUACUGUGUAUACCUCUUUUUUUCCUCUUUAUACUGUACAGAAUCUGCAAGGAAGACUUAAGAGUAGAAUAUCCAGUAAAGCUAAGGGUCUGGAAAUCCAAUGAAAUCGGACACAGACAUGCACAUGAGUUUGCAAAUUGUGCUUUAGAAAGCUUAUUUUAAAACUUCUGCAUGUUGUGAGGGUCACAGCUUCACCUCAUGGUUUGCUUCUUUUAUCUUUGUAUAGCCUGUGGAAAUUGUUCCCUUUGAUCACUGCGGAGGUUUCGGAAAGGAUGACAUUAAAAAUGAUCCUUGCAGCUAAAACUAUUCAGAGAUUUGCUUUAACAACACUGGGGAUGGAUAUUACUGGAAUUGAUUUGAUCUGCUCCAUAGUUUCUAAUUCUGUAUGGUACAGGUUUGACUCAUACUGAGCUUUGGCUUAGUUCUUACAGGCAUUAAUAAACUGUUCUGGAAGUAGAUUAAGUUAACCUUUGCUCGAGGACCUCUUGACAGGACCAAUAUUCUGACUUCAGUCUUCUUCAGCUAGAACUACAAAUUUUAUUCUUCUUGUUGUGUAACACAGCUAGUUCAGCAGAUGGAUAAACACUUGUCCCUCUUCUCCCCUACUUCUCCAGUCCCUAAUUUUACUAUAUGCUUAACAAGUGACAAAGUAGCUCCCUUCCUUUUCAUUAUAAACAGCUGAAAAGCAGCUAGAGGAUGGAAGAACAGUGUGGGAUUCUGACUUUUAAAACUCAAGCCAUUCUAUAAUAGUUUUUUCUUCCCCAACAGCUUGGUAAUGGCAUUUCUUUUUUUUUUUUUUAAAAAAUCUUUUGGACAUGAUAAACGUAAAAUGCAUUUUAAACAAGCUUAACUCUUACUUAGGAGUGAAGGUUUAGAGCUGGUAUUUAAAAUGCUUGUAAAUAGUACUUGUUUUUAACUUUUGUAAAAUAAAUUUUUUUAAAACAG